AACGGGCCGGCUGACGUGGAGGAGGGAGAAGGAUAGCUCAGCAAUUCGCUUUAUUUUUCUGUGUUUAUAUUGUUUUCGAGGACAAUUAUCUUGCAAUGGAUGGAGUCCAUUGCUGCUGCUGUUGAGCGGCAGGUGCAUUGUUGCGGGCCUUUACUUGUCACGGUGUGAGUAUUUUCUAUUUAAAGAUGGGUCGGAACAAACGGAACCGGUUUCACAUGGACACAGAUGCUGUUAUCGGGCGUAAACCCCCUACGGAGUGCAUCUAGAGAGCAUUUUGCAAAGCUCAGGCUCUGGAGAGGGGGGACGAUUCGUUGCAGUGGGUGUCCAGAGGAACGGAAAAUAAAUGACAUCUACACCGCCUUGGUCCAGGGAUACAAGGUGAUAAUAAAAGAAAAAUCGUGGCACAACUUAUAUAACCUAUGAACUGCUAUUAUCUAAAUAAUUAUUGAGAGACUACGAUGCCAAGAUUUCUAAAGAAGUAUUUCUAAAAUCACGAAAUAGCGACUGGAUUGGAUACAAAAAUACCAUAAUAGUAUAGUCUAAUUUAAUUCCCAUUUUAUCCUACGUGGGAGAAACCUUUAACUCUACGCAAAGACUGCUGCAUUGGACGGCUGAAGCCUCGCGCCGUUGCCAGCAUGAUGGAGCUACCGAUUGACGAGGUGGUGUAUCAGGACGACUACGGCUCCGUCUCCGUGAUGUCGGAGCGUGUGUCGGGCCUGGCCAACAGCAUCUACCGGGAGUUCGAGCGCUUGAUUCGCAGCUACGACGAGGAGGUGGUUAAGGAGCUGAUGCCUCUGGUUGUGAACGUGCUGGAGAAUUUGGACUCGGUGCUUACGGAGAACCAGGAGCACGAGGUGGAGCUGGAACUGCUCAAGGAAGACAACGAGCAGCUGAUCACCCAAUACGAGCGCGAGAAGGCGCUGCGCAAACAGGCAGAGGAGAAGUUUAUCGAAUUUGAGGAUGUGCUGGAGGCAGAGAAGAAGGAUCUGCAGACUCAUGUUGAGAAUCUGGAGCUGCAGGGAAAACAGCUGGAGCUGAAGACCAAGAACUAUACUGACCAGGUAUCCAGACUGGAGGAGCGAGAGUCUGAAAUGAAGAAAGAAUACAAUGCUCUUCAUCAGCGGCACACAGAGAUGAUUCAGACUUACAUGGAACACAUUGAAAGGUCCAAGAUACAACAGGCCGGCAGCAACAGCCAACCAGAGGCCACUGGGUGUGGACGAAGUCAACGCCAUGGCUGGAGGAAAAGCAGUAAGACUGAUCGCCCUCCAUCACUGAGUUUCUUCCCCAACACGGAUGGGAUGGAGGACGAGUCCGAAUCGGGGCCGUCCUCCGCCGCGGUCACGCCCAGCAGCGUGGGGACCACGCCCACCUCCUCGGUGCCCUCGGCCUCCGUCACGCCCCUCAACGAGGCCUUCCGGCCCGUGGCCGAGUCUGACCCCGCCCGCCGCGGGAACAGGAGGAAGAACGCCACCAAACGCCUGAGCAGGAACAUGGAGGUGCAGGUCUCCCAGGAAACAAGGAAUGUCAGCAUCGGGAUGGGCAGCAGUGACGAGUGGUCUGAGAUCCCAGACAUCACCCCGGAGGCAGACAUGUACAUGGACCCGCGUGUCUACGGCGGGGGAAACAGCCCAUCCCAUGGAAUCAUCAAUGAAGCAUUUGGCAUCAACACCGACUCUUUGUACCAUGAAAUCAAGGAUGCCAAGUCAGAUAUCAUCGGAGACGUGGAUGCUGGGGCUGAGUUACUCGGGGAGUUCUCAGGGCGCGAUGAUUUUUUCGGAAUGGGCAAGGAAGUAGAAAACCUCCUGACAGAAAACAAACAACUUCUGGAGACCAAAAAUGCCCUGAAUGUUGUAAAGAAUGACCUGAUAGCGGAAGUGGACAAGCUGUCGAGUGAGAUGAAAUUCCUGAACGAAGAGUUGGAGACGGUGAAGCAGACCAAAAACAAGGUGGACACAAAGGUCAAGGACCUCGAAGAGGAGCUGAAAAGACUGAAGGCGGAGGCCCUGGGAGCUUCUCUGGAUGUCAGGGAGGAAGGUGGCGAGGAUUACUCGUCGCCGCUCCAGGAUGACGUCCCGAUAACGCAGCGGAGGCGCUUCACCCGGGUGGAGAUGGCGCGCGUGCUGAUGGAGCGAAACCAGUACAAAGAGCGGCUGAUGGAGCUGCAGGAGGCCGUGCGGUGGACCGAGAUGAUCCGGGCUUCCAGGGAAAACCCCCAACUACAGGAGAAGAAGAAAUCCACCAUCUGGCAGUUUUUCGCCCGGCUCUUCAGCGCGUCGGCCAGCCCCCCGCCCGUCAAGCGCCCCUACACCAGCGUCAACAUCCACUACAAGUCCCCGUCGCCCGCAGGCUUCUCACAGCGGCGCAGCUACACCAUGUGCCAGAUCUCUGCGUCCAACGGCAAGCUGGAGUUCUUCCCCGAGGACGAAGGCGCGCUGUCCGUGCGGCGGGAGCAGCGGCGGGAGCAGUACCGGCAGGUCCGCGAGCACGUGCGCCGGGAGGACGGGCUGAUGCAGGCCUGCGGCUGGAGCAUACCGCCGCGCUUCAAACAGGGAGGCUCUCUGCUGGAGCAUGCGCAGGACGGGUCCGUGAAGAAGCACCAGGCCAAUGACAAGGAGGAUAACCGCAUGAAGAACGUCCCCGUUCCUGUUUAUUGUCGCCCCCUGGUGGAGAAGGACCCAAACAGGAAGCUGUGGUGUGCGGCAGGGGUGGACCUGACCGGGUGGAAGACGGCCACACAGGACAACCCGUCCAGCGAUGUGGCAAAGACCUCGUCCAAUGGCACGGACCCUCUGACUGGAGAGGAGGAUGGAGAGGAGAGUAAGAGCUCUAAUCACAGCUCCCCUGAGAAGAAGAAGCGGAAGGAGCUGCAGGAGCUGGACUCCAUGAGCAGCCGGGUGUGGAUCCUCACCAGCACCUACUCCGCCAGCAAGGUGGUCAUCAUCGACGCCAACCAGCCCGGCUCGCUGGUGGAUCAGUUCAACGUCUGCAAUGCCCACGUGCUUUGCAUCUCCGGCGUGCCAGCGGCCAGCGAGAGCGACUACCCGGCGGGGGAGAUAUUCCUGGAGCAGGGAGAAGGAGGAUCGGAGGACAGCGGCGGGGUGGAGGGCAUGCUGGCCGGCAUCACGCUCGUGGGCUGCGCCACCAACUGCAGUGUGGUCCGCAGCAACUGCUCCUCCAGGACGGACACGCCGGUGGGGGACAGGACCCAGGGUCACGUGGCCCCUCUCCUGAGCGGGAAGCUCAAUGUGUCCCAGUCGGCCGAGGAGGCCACGGAAGCCACCGAGGUGUCUGAGCCGGCGCCCUGCAAGGAGGAGGUGUCGGCCCCCCCCAGGCCCUUCACCGAGCACGUCUUCACCGACCCCCAGCACCUCCCCCCGGGCGCACCUGCGGACAGGGAGGCCGGACAGUCGAAGGAGGAGGCGAAUCCCACAGCCCAGGAAACAGAAGACAGGGGGGAAGAGUCUGGAGCCCCAAGCAGCACAGCCCCCACCAUGUGGCUGGGAGCCCAGAACGGCUGGCUGUAUGUCCACUCUGCCGUCUCCAACUGGAGGAAAUGUCUGCAUUCAAUCAAACUGAAGGACUCAGUGCUCAGCCUCGUGCAUGUGAAAGGGAGAGUUCUGGUGGCCCUGGCAGAUGGCACAUUGGCCAUCUUUCACAGAUCUGAAGAUGGGCAGUGGGACUUGAGUAACUACCACCUGAUGGACCUGGGGCGGCCCCACCACUCCAUCCGCUGCAUGGCGGUGGUGCACGACAAGGUGUGGUGCGGCUACAAGAACAAGGUGCACGUCAUCCAGCCCAAGACCAUGCAGAUCGAGAAAUCGUUCGACGCGCACCCCCGGAAGGAGAGCCAGGUCCGGCAGCUGGCGUGGAUCGGCGACGGCGUGUGGGUGUCGAUCCGUUUGGACUCCACGCUGCGCCUGUACCACGCCCUCACCCACCAGCACCUGCAGGACGUGGACAUCGAGCCCUACGUCAGCAAGAUGCUCGGUACCGGCAAGCUGGGCUUCUCAUUUGUGCGCAUCACAGCGCUCCUGAUUGGAGGGAACCGCCUGUGGGUGGGGACAGGGAACGGCGUGGUCAUCUCCAUCCCGCUGACAGAGACCGUAGUCCUACAUCGAGGACAGCUCCUGGGCUUGAGGGCCAAUAAGGUGUCCCCGACCUCGUCGGGGGGCGUGAUCCACGUGUACGCCAGCGACAGCGCGGAGAAGACCAGCGGGAGCUUCAUCCCGUACUGCUCCAUGGCCCAGGCCCAGCUCUGCUUCCACGGGCACCGCGACGCCGUCAAGUUCUUCGUCUCCGUGCCAGGCAAUGUGUUGGCCACCCUGAACGGCAGCGUGCUGGACAGCCCCUCAGAGAAUGCCGGCUCCACAGCGCCCCCUGAGGCUGAAGCCCAGACUGUCAACAACGUGCUGGUGCUGAGUGGAGGGGAGGGCUACAUCGACUUCCGCAUAGGGGACGGAGAGGACGAUGAGACUGAGGAGGGCUCGGGCGACGCCGCGCAGAUCAAGCCGGUCCUGUCCAAAGCAGAGAGGAGCCACAUCAUUGUGUGGCAGGUGUCCUACGUCCCCGAAUAGCCCUGCAAAAGAUGACCCCCUCCUGCCAUUUAACCUCCUCUGUAGCCUCCCCCCUCCCCCUGCAAAGGCACAUCUCGCCCUACUCUACCCCUUCAUCAAACUCCCUGCUCCAAUAUGCCCCGCCUCCCAAGCUACAAACACAGAACAACAGACACAGCUGAAUAUGCCAAUUUCCUUAUCCCAGAAUCUCAGAGCCGUCCAUCCCUCUCAACUUACAAAUGAAGCUGAUUUACUUAGCAAGCCCCUACCACAUAUUAGGUCAUCAUAUUAGGACAACAAAUCCCUUAAAGAACACCCUGGUGUAACCUCCAGCUAUGACCAGCUUGAAAUGACCAGCUACCAGCUGUUUCAAAAGAUAGCUUGAGCCGGUCAAACCCUGUCAAGCCGGGAGCUGGUAUGAACUGCUCAACCAGCUGCCAGCCGUUUCAAAACCUAGCUUGAGCUGUUUUUUUCAGCAGGGUAAUGCGAGUUCUGAGUAAAACAUGCCCUACCUCUGAACACAAUGCUUUAUUGGGAAACCGGUUGGGUAUUUUUCAAAGAACGGAUGUAAAAGACAGUGGAUGAAUAUAUAAGUGAUGCUGGAAAGCAUUCUGUAAAAAAAUUUAGUGUUCGGAGGGCGAUGUUUGAAAUGGAAGUAUUGUGGAAGGCAGACGACAAAUUUUGAAAGAAGAAGUUUUGAAACAAUAUGAAUGAAUAUAUAAAAAUUUUAAAAUAUAUAAACACCUAAAUUGAACAUAACAUGGUAAAUCCUAACAUUUGAUAUGCCCCACUGGUAGGUUGUGAGAGGACUGGGUCAACCAUUUUCACAUCAGAUUUAAAUCAACACCGCGCACAUUUAUAAAGUUUUAAUUCCACGCUUGGACAUAUCUUCGUCUACAUUUUCAUUUGUGCUGGGUUACAGAAAACAGUCGUUCAUUCAGGGGGUUUUGCGGUUAGAACGUCGAGAACCGAUUGAGGUUGCAUACACUUCUCACACCGUGCUGUAUGUUUUACCCACUCACCCACCCAGAUGCGUUAAAAAAACAAGUAAUGUGUCAUGUUUUUAACACACCUCCAUGACUAUUUAACACAACACAUUGUGUUACUUUCAACACAGUCUGUGUCGGAAAG